AUGGUAUCGGGCCCGAUUUGGACGACGCGUCUUCGCUCAGAGCCACGAAGCAGCACAAUGCAAGCAACAUUAGACGCGUUAUCUCUCAAAGCUUUCACGAAAGCGUUGUCGUGCCUUUCGCGAUAUGGCGAAGAGCUUUCAAUCUACGCGACGCCAGAGUCCCUGUCAUUCUCAACCACCAACUCCUCUAAAUCAGCCUAUUGUCGCUUCAAGUACGAAAAACAAUUCUUUUCGCGCUAUAGACUAGGUGUUUACCACACGGCGCGGGACGAAUGGGAUAAUGAAAUUGAGGAAGUUCGAAGUGUUACAGGACAACUCUUAACAAAGUCCUUACUUUCUAUCCUGAAGCAUCGUACGGUUGAAAAAUCGGUUGAACGUUGUGAUCUUUCCAUUGUGGAAGGGAACGAGGCACCUAACGGAGAAGUAGAAGAUGAAGACCAUGAUAGUUUGGAGAGCAAGCUGAUCCUUAGAUUUCAUUGCAAGCAUGGUGUCGUGAAGACUCAUCGCCUACUCUUACUUACUCCGACCUCUCUCAUGGCCCCUGGCGUCCCGGACGCAGCCAACGAAUCUCGCCUGACAAUCGGUCCUAAAGCUCUCAAGGAUCUCAUCGACCACUUUCCCGUGUCUAAAGGAGCGAAAUCUGACCCACAACUUGUCUGGACAUUCGAGGACGCUGAGGUGGGAUUGAAAAGCGUAGAGUCCUCUAUUGAUGCUCGAGGGCGUGGUCAACUGUCGACGGAGAUAACUAUCAGUGCAGAUGAAUUCGACGUCUACGAAAUCUAUGAAUCUCCAACAACGAUCGCGUUCCAUCUCCGCGAGUUCAACGCUACAAUCGCAUUCGCUGAUUCUAUGUCGCUUUGCCUUGAUCUGCGUUUUACGGAUCCGUCAGCUCCUCUUUUUAUAGAUGUCGAAGGUGAUUCUGUGGAGGCCCUUUUCGUGAUUUCCACCAGUCAAGUUCAAGGUGCGCCUGCGGGUACACAAAGGACGAGUAGCAGUCAGACCGUCAACAACAAGAAACGGGAACGUGCCCCAUCCGCUGUUCGUGAUACGCCUCGAAUCAAGAAAUCCAUGAAGGUCGUGCAACCAACAGACCCACCACUUUACAACAGGUCCGACACGCACUCCCGAUCUAGCUCCCACAUACCCAGUACCAUGCCCCCACCUUCGGCUAUACCCAACCGACCAUUCGACCGGACCUUGCCAUUAAACCACGGUUCAGGAUCAAGGCCGCAGGCGAGGGAUAAAUUGCCUCUCUUUUUACCAUCUUCCCAAAUGUCGACUGCGGAAGAAGUCCUUCGAUCGACAGGGUUGGGCGUCGAACACAUGGAUGCAGAUGAACUCGCCGAUUUACUGGAAGGCGAAGGAGAGGAGGUGGAUUUUUCGCAGAGGCAGACCAUCGGGGACUAUUGCAACGAUUCCAUGCUGGUAGACCAGCCCGAUAGCCUGGAGCUUUUGGAAGGCACAGGAUUCGGCGCCACCCAGUCAUCUGGGGCCACCGAUAAGUCCUUCCAACCUUUAUUCGAGGACUAA